UGUUGGCAAAUACCGUAGUGACACUUCGGUCAAUCGCAGAGAUAAGUAUACUUUUAACGGAUAAGGUUCUGUCAUUACUAUUAUCACAAUGACAGACUCUCAGAGUUGCAAUAGUGUUGCACAUAACUUGACAAUCGAGCAAAAGGAAUAUGCAGCAAAAGUUUUAAAUGAGUCCGACGAGAAUAGAGAAAACGCUGUCGCGGAGAUUAGACAUUGGAUUCAAGAGAACGAUUUACGCGCACGAACUGAUGACUUCUCCAUUUUGCGAUUUUUGAGAGCCUGUAAAUUUAACAUUGAGAAUACUAAGACCAAGUUGCGAAAUUAUCAAAAGCAGCGAGUUAAACUACCGGAGUGGUACGCGAAUAGGGAUCCGCUACAUCCGAAACUACAGGAAUUGCUCGAUAUGGGAAUUUGUUUACCUUUGCGAAAGUUGGAUGAUCAAGGAAGAAUGGUUAUCAUCGCGCGUCUUGUGCAUAAUCCAGACAUAUUUACAUUAUCAGACGCACUUAAGGUCUCAUCUAUGGUCUUAGAUGUGGCUAUAAGAGACAGCGUUGAAGCAUCCUUGUACGGUUUCGUAAUAAUUAUAGAGUUAGGACACGCAACUUUGCAUUAUAUCGCUCAAGUGACACCUCGCAUUAUAAUAAAUCUAAUCCACGCAUGGCAGGGUUGUUACCCCGUAAGAAUUCAAUUGCUUAACUAUAUUAAUACGCCAGAAUUUACUAAACAAAUUAUAGCAAUUACCGAGCGAUACUUCUUGAGCAAAAAACUCAAACAAAGAUUGCGUAUCUACACGUAUAGCACGACGCGCAAUUGUUUUAUAAAUAUGCCAGCUAAUAUCUUACCUGUUGAAUAUGGUUUAAUUUUUAUGAUAAGCUUGUUUCAUCCAUCUUAAUCUCGAUUUGUAAUUUAUACAACGAGAAUCACCAUCUGAAAACUUAUAAAUAUAUUUACACCGAAUUUCUCUAAGAAUAUCGGACCGUUUGUUACGAGAAAUCACUACAAAUGGAAAGUCAACUUUCUUCUCAUUUUAUAUUAAAUCAAGAGGUACAAUAGUGUUUCUUAUUAAAAUACGUUUACAUAAGCAUUCAAAUAUAAAAUUGUAUGUUGAAUUUUAUUGUGGAUGUAAUAACUUUAAUUCCGAAAUAUAGUAAUAAAAUAAUUAAAUUA